UUGCCUUAUUGGCCUCGUCUUUCGGCCGGUCAGUGGCACUGUAGUCCUCUCCGGAGCUCCCCAACUCUAUUUCUCCCCUCUUGCACUACAAAGGCAACAAUAACAACAGCUGCACAGAGAAACAUGGCGUGAAGAUGACUUAAGAAAGCUAUGUUCCAGCGCCUUUUUGCCUCUGCGUAGCUGUUGCACUUGUUCUAAUGGCUGAUCGGCUCUCAGGCUGUUGUGCUGCUUUAUUUUAAGCAGCCAGUUUUGCUCUGCGCGUCAACAAUAAGGAGCAUGCUGUCGGUGCGUCGGGCAGCGCGUUAAAUGACCACAUUUCACUCAUUGGGUUUUUAUAUUUAGCUCCGUGAGGGACGCGCCGGACGAGCAGCAGAGCGCCGGAAAGAGGAGACUCUGAUCAGGGGUUUUCUGACAUUUUGAUCCAUUUGAGAUCGUUUGAGCCCCCCCAGAAAAACUUGUCGUUCAUACCGCGGUGCGUAUUGUCUGGCUAUGUGGUGCUGAGCGGCGCCGUGUGUGUUUGUGUGAGACAGGGGGAAUACUGCAAAUCUAUCUACAGCUCCGGGGAGAAACGAUGAUGAUGGCUGGUGGUGUCGGAGCAGCCGUGGACCAUAACGGGAUAUACUCUAAUCCUAACCUCCACAGCCUGCAGCAGCCCCUCAUGGAGGCUGAUAACCCGGACUCCCGCAAGCGACCGCUGGAAACUCCGGCGGAGGAGGCCGGCUGUACCAAGCGCACCAACACUGGAGAGGAGGGUGAGUACUUCCUGAAGGUGCUGAUCCCCAGCUAUGCAGCCGGCUCUAUAAUUGGCAAGGGCGGCCAGACCAUCGUACAACUGCAGAAAGAGACGGGUGCCACCAUUAAGCUGUCCAAAUCCAAAGACUUCUACCCAGGAACAACGGAGCGCGUCUGUCUGAUACAGGGUACAGUUGAAGCCCUCAAUGGCGUCCACAACUUCAUUGCGGAGAAAGUCCGCGAGAUGCCCCAGAGCGCCCAGAAACCUGAACCAGUCAGCAUACUGCAGCCGCAGACCACCGUCAACCCCGACCGCGUCAAACAGGCCAAAUUGAUCGUGCCCAAUAGCACAGCUGGGCUGAUCAUUGGCAAGGGCGGAGCCACAGUGAAAGCAGUGAUGGAGCAGUCAGGGGCUUGGGUGCAGCUCUCCCAGAAGCCAGAGGGCAUCAACCUCCAGGAGCGGGUGGUAACCAUCAGUGGGGAACCCGAACAGAACCGCAAGGCUGUGGAAAUCAUAGUACAGAAGAUCCAGGAGGACCCUCAGAGCAGCAGCUGCCUCAACAUCAGCUAUUCCAACGUCUCGGGCCCCGUGGCCAACUCCAAUCCCACCGGCUCCCCCUACGCUAACACGGCCGAGGUGAUGCCCAACGCAGCCGCGGCCGGCUUGACAGGAAUGGGCGCCUUCCCCGCUACCAUGUCCACCUUCUCUGGCAAUGAUCUGCUGGCCAUCACCUCAGCCCUCAACACGCUGGCCAGCUAUGGCUACAACACUAACACCCUAGGUCUGGGCCUCAACCCUGCCGCUGCUUCCGGGGUCCUUGCUGCAGUGGCAGCUAGCGCUAACCCGGCUGCUGCGGCCGCGGCUAACCUUCUGGCCUCCUACGCUAGCGAUGCCUCCGGUGGCGCUGGCCACCCCGCUGCAGGCCUCGGGGGCUUCUCCCUGGGUUCUCUAGCAGCUGCUACAGGGGCAUCCAAUGGUUACCUAAAUGCUUCGUCCCCACUGAUGGCCUCCUCCCUAUUGGCAACAGAGAAGCUGGCGGAUGGGGCCAAGGACGUGGUUGAGAUUGCUGUGCCCGAGAAUCUGGUUGGCGCCAUUUUGGGGAAAGGAGGGAAAACGCUGGUAGAGUACCAGGAGCUAACAGGAGCCCGCAUCCAGAUCUCCAAAAAGGGAGAGUUCAUUCCUGGUACUCGGAACCGUAAAGUUACCAUAACAGGGUCGCCGGCCGCCACGCAAGCAGCGCAGUAUCUGAUCAGCCAGAGGAUCACUUACGAGCAGGGCGUGCGCGCUACCAACCCACAAAAGUUUGUGUCGAGUCCUUUUGACGAUGGUGAUCAGAGUAAGCUGAACUGGUCCACUGCCAAGCUGCAGAUUCAAGGGUGA